AUGGAUGAUCACGAAUUAAACUUUGUGUCUUCCCUGGGCCAUGAUUCCUCAAGCAAGGCCUCAUCAGAGCGGAUGAAUCGACGACAGUCGAAGGUUUCCAUCUUUCAUUUAGCUGCCUUUGUUUUCGUGUUGGGAUUUAGCUUCCUUGUAGCUGGAAUAGUGCUGAUAACUUUGUCUCAAACACGAUCAUCAGAGACGAAAAAGAACUCUGCCCUCAAUCAAACAAUCACCAGGAAAGUUAACUCCACAUUCGGCGAAAACGAGACAAUUGCAGAGAGUCGCUGUGCGUUUUCGUCAGAAGCUCAACUUGCAGGUUUAGAGGCAUUUUUUAUUAAGGUGAAAGAAGAACGAAAGCACUUUACACCUUACAGAAGUUACCUCACGAAAGAAAAAUUCGAACCUUACAACCCAGAGCCGCAAGCAAUCAAAAAGUUAACUGACCAAACAAUGAGACUCUAUGAAGAACUACUGGAGAUAAAAGGUGGCUUGGAUGUGGGAAAACUAAAGUUACACGAAAGACGACAAUUAGCUGUUGCGGAGCACGAAUUGAAACAUUUCUUCGGGAAACCCUAUGGAAACAAUUAUUAUACAGGAGCCUGGAUGCUAGGUCCGAAUCAAAGAUGUACAUCGGAACCAAUCACAUCUCUACCCGCGCACUUGAGGGUAGCCCUUUACAUAUUCUUAAAAAAUCAGAACAAAACUUUGAAGGUUGCAGAAAAUGCAAUGAAGAUACUGCCAAAAUUUCGAGAAGGAAUCCAACAGUACAAAUUUAACCUGCAGAGGGGUGUGGCAUCUGGAAUGAUCCGUUCUAGAAGCGAAUGUGCCGAGGGCCUUAACUGCAUGAAAGGAAAAUACCGUGAUCUUUUUACGCGCAAAUCUCCCGAGGCUGUGCUAUCCUGGUAUGGAGUGCGCCGUGAUAUAGAAAACUUUGCGAGACACGUCAAUAUGCAAGAUUCAUCUUUGUGGAUUAACAAGUACGGUAAAAACAUGUCCGACUCUCUGACAAACGCUGUCGUCGAAUUCAUCGGAAUGCCGUUGGUCAGUUUGUUUGAUUAUCUGGAAAAUGAUCACAUGGCACACUGCGUGCCUAGCAAUGUAUCCAGUGGACUGGGAACAAGGCCUGUUGAUCAUGUGUAUGUCAAUGGUACAAAGACGUCAGUAAAGACAAAUCAAACAUUGGAUGGAAAAGAAAGGAUAAUGAAAGGAAAAGAUGCAUAUGCGGAAAUUCUUUCGUAUUUCACCACAACAAAGUAUACACCAGAUGCGGAAGUCAACUGUCCUCAACGUUAUACCGCCAUGUCUCACUGGUUGGAAAUUGUUCGCAGUACAUUGACAUUCUUGCGAGGUAAGCUACUCAAGCUGUUUUACUUCAACGGCGACAGAAGGACGAUACCAACAUGCCCCGUUGAACCAGUUAUAAGUUUUUCUCCGUACGUGGGCGUGGCAACGCAUACGGCCUCCUCCAGUAACUGUGGACACGCGGCUAGGUACAAUUUGCCAUUUUUUGUCGAUCGAAUGGGGUGUGAGUACAUGGAAUGGACUACAACUGCACAUGAGGCAGUUCCUGGCCAUCACCUUCAAGAGGAAGGCUUCAAGGCAAUAUUCCAGCCUCGAAUAGCUCCGUGUCCAAGUGUAUUAAAACCAAGUUCUGCCACGGCUUACAAGGAAGGCUGGGCGACUUACGCUGAACAUCCUCUAAUGAGCCUCGAUUCAGAUUUAUACGCAGAGCAGCCAUUACGCUAUUACGGUGUCAUCAAAUCUCAAAUCUGGCGAGCACUGCGCCUCGUCAUCGACACGAGUCUACAUUACAAGAACAUGUCACGCGAUGAAGCGCUGACCAUGUUUAGACAAUACAUGUGGGAGAACAGUGAUAUCACACGGAAAGAGAUUUCUCGUUAUCAGGCUGGGCCAGGUCAAGCAACCUCGUACAUGAUUGGCCAGUUGGAGAUCUGGAGGAUGCGCAAUGAGUCAGAAGCGAGCCUUGGAUCGCAAUACGAUAUUCGGGAUUUUCAUUAUCACGUACUCUUGCAAGGAAACAUGCCUCUGUGGUUUGUCGAUGAGCACAUCAAGAAGUUUUACGUUGGCUGUGUUUUGUCCGGAGCCUCAGACGGCGAUACGGAAAAGUGUUUCAGCGAUUUCGAUAAAAUAGGAUUCUCUAGGUCCUUAUAACUAGCAAGAAAAAUGUCCAGGCAAUGUUUAUCUCUAUAGCUAUUAUAUUCCACUUAAAUCCGAGUGUUCUUUGAGAAGAAAGCGAGUACUUUCGAAGUUUCUCUCCUUUUAUAUUAAAGUUUGA